UCGCUCGGUGGGAAAAUUCAAAAAAACCGCUCACUGCAACGGCGGUGGUUGGGAGAUUCAGGUUUCUGUCGUUCAGCAACAUUUUGUUUUCUUCGGAACUCAACAAACCCUCAGAAGUUGCUUGUUUGGUAUUAUAACGAUACGAAGCGUCUAUGUUAUGCAGAAAAUCGGUUUGUUUCUAAUUAACGGCUUCACGCGUUGGCUACUAUCCACAGAUAGAGAGCUUUCUAAAUUCAGAAAGACACAUUCAAAUUAGUAAAUACUAAUUUUUCAACGACGAUAUGCAGUCGUAUCGACACAAGAAAUGUAACGUUUGCUCGACGAAGUCAAACGCAACCUAGAUAGUCAAUGAACUAAGCAAUCUAGCUAAUUUAGCGUAGUAGGCAAACGCCCUUUUAUGGCCUAUUUUGUGUGUAUACUGCUCUGAUAUUGAAUACUUUGAAUUACGUUAAUAUUCUAUUGCUGCAGUCGAUGUACCUAUAGAACUGUAUUACAAAAAGUAGAGGCUAGUUGGAUACCUCGGUUUUUAAAAAAAGUCUGACUUUGCUUUUGACCUGUAAAAAUAAUUUAGACUAUACUAUAUUUUCCUUAUUCAGUUUCCUUUAGGAAUAUAGUCGAUGAAUCCUGGGACGUGGAUCCAGCUCCUUCUUGUCAUAGCUCAUGUAUCUCUCUCCAGCCAAGUGUCUGUCACCUCCUCUGGAUCGUGAGCUGUAUUACACUCCCGUACAAACCAGCACCAUGGCAACUCGUGAGCGGGACACGACUGAAACCCCGGCACGGUCAAACAGAGUAAGCAGAAAAUGCACUGCAGUAGUGAUGAAUUCCACAGUACAGGAUCAUCAGCUUGGAGCCAAGUCCAGGGCAGCCAUGACCUGUGAGCUUAGCACCAUUAACAACUCAAUGAUUCCUCUGAAACGAGUCACUGAUACACCAGCAAAAGUCUUUGCCAGACUGAAGGCCAAAGUUCAGCAGCAGAACUCAGAAGAGCACAGAGAAGUCAAUGUCAUUCCCAGACAGCUGGGUAGGGGUGUCUCAUUAUCCACAAAUAUGCAGCAGCCACCAGUUGAUGAUGCGACAUCAGAAGGACAGGAUACAUAUGUGCUGACACUUUCACCUCCAGAAUCCAUGAGCAAAAACUCAGAAUUAGAAGAUCCCCAAAUGACAUCACAUCUUGAUGGAGAAGGAGGCCAUAAACCUGACUUGGUUCACAAACCUGUUAUUGCACUUGAGAAGAUGCUCACUGAAACCUUCACCCAGGUAAAAAUGCAGCAAAAGAAAGCUGGGAUGAACAGCACCAGCAAGUCUACAGAUAUAAAUCGAGAAGCAUAUGUUUUGCUGGAACGCAUGCCUGAUGACUUACCUGCUCAGCCAGGACCUGCAAAGCCAAUCCAAUUAAUGAAUCGUGUCAAAAAUAGAAGUUAUCAUGGUGUGUUUGGUGAGAUGAGUGUAAGGGACGAUUCAGAAGGUGUCGCAGAUGACGACAGCAAUAGGGUGGAUACACUUCAGAGGUUGGAUAUCACUGCCCAAAGCCAGCUAGAGACACAGAGACCAGAGAAAAUGUCUAAUAGGCAGUGUGAGCCUUUAGAAGCACCACCUCGGACCCUUCCUAAUCUGAUGGAGGAUUCUCUCCUGCAGCUAUCACCCCGCAUCUCCAUCCCCCGGAAGCAAAUGGCAGCAGUUAAGUCCAAACAGCAGACUAAAGAAACAGAUAAAGCUCUGGAUGUAAGGACAAAUGUGAACGAGAUUCAUUUAAGAGAUUGGGUCUUGAAGCUACACAACAAAGAACUUAUUGUUGAUGGCAUUCGCAUAGACAACAAGAUCCCUUGGCACAGUAGUUGCAUCACUGAACGCGUUUCAAGUAACAUAGUUAAGACUGCAUCUGGUGGGACGUAUGUUCUUGUUGGAAAGAUGUCACACUACCACAACUCAUCCUUUCCUUCAUGGUUUAUGAAGAAGUUUCUUUUUGGCUUUCCGGAAAUGUGGAAGGAGUACCUGAAUAAAUUCUUGGCUGAUAAUGAAGGAAGUGGAAAAAAUCGACAGAGGAACAAUCCAGCACCAUGUGAACCACAAAUGAAAUGGCCCUCCAAAAAACAGAUAGCCAAACAACUUAAGUCAAAGGACCUGGUGACCCCUGUUAGCUCUGCAGGCAGUGUGCAGCCUCACAGUGCUCCAGUUUCCCGCAGUGGCCGUCUCAUCAAACCUCCUCUGGAGUACUGGAGAGGAGGCAGGAUCACUGUAGGGCCCGAUAUGAAUGUUACGGUCCAUGAGGAUUAUACGUCAACCUCCAUUUUAUUGACGCCAAAAACAAGACCAGUGGUGAUAAAGUCACCAAAAUUGCCUAAAGAACAGCCUGUGUAUAAAUCUCCUGAAAUGCAAAACAGCAGUGAUGAGGAUACUUUGGCACCAAGGAGACGUGUUAAACAACAUAAGUCUUGGAGGACUGAGGGAACCAAAGCAAGGGAAAAUGCUUCACAGAAGUCUCAGGAUGCAGUUUUCAAUUCUGGCUCUGGAUCAGAAAAAGCCGCUGCCAAAGAGCCUUCUCCUCAGCAAGCACAGUCUGAGCGAAUGUACCUGAGGAGGGGACGGUCAUAUUCUAGAGAGAGAAACUCGACGGGCUCAGAGACUGAGGCAUGCAAGUUUGGUGUGUAUUCUGCCUCAGCUGAAGAUGACGUUUCUGCAAUCCAGGCCCCUGAGAGAAAAACUAAAACACUGCUCAACCGGAAGCAUCUGCAGAGAAUAAUUCAGAGUGAGAAGCACUCCACUCCAUGCUCAGACUCUGACACCAGUUCCACACAAUCUCAAGUUCAGAAAAGUGCAGAUUCAGAUCACUUAUUUACACCUCCAGAUCCUACAAAAGGAGGCAGAAGAAAACCCUUGGAGCAGAAAAGAAAACUAGUUCCUCCGAUUGCUGCCAUGUGUGAGACUAAGGACAUAGUGAAUAGUAAAAGGAACAUGCGGAGGCAAAAGAAGGUUCCACAGAAAUAUGAGAAUUACGCGAUGACUGGUGAUGAAAGUUCCCCUUCAGAGCUGAUCAAAGAAGAAAAAAGCAAGAAUUCAAAGUCUACUCGGAAAAGGACGAGACAAAAGGAAAGCUCAGGAGCUUCUGAAAGGACAAUGAAUGGACAUGCCCUCCUGGUUGAUAAACAUAUUGAGCAAUCUAAAAAGACAGAUAAUCCUCAGCCUCCUGUGCCAGAUAACACUUGCAAAAACCCAAAGCCAUCAGUAAGCUGUAAAACAAGCAGAAAGAACAACAAGGAGCAAACUGCAAAGCACCCUGAGAACAAACAAGAUGCGCUAGAAGGAGCAUGGACUGAUAAAGAGCUGCAAAAACUUCAUGAGGCUGUGAACUCAUUACCCAAGCACAAGAGUGGUUACUGGGUAAAUGUCUCACUGGUAGUUGGCACACGUUCAGCUGAGGAGUGCCAGAAUCAGUACACUGCACUUUACCAAACUCAUGGACGAUCCAAAGGAAAACAUAAGGCGAAGACUUCUAAAAUAGAUGAACCAGCAAAAGAAACUGCUCCAAUUACUGCUAAGGUUGGUACGCUCAAGAGGAAGAAACAGAUGUGGGACUUUUUGGAUCAUAUGCCAAAAGAUGAUCAUGAUGACGUCUUUGCCGGCUCACCAAUGCGCAAUAAACAAAUCAAGUUGCCUGUAUGGUCAACAAAUGGAGAUGAGCCAGAUUUUGGCCAUCUACAAAAUCCACAAACCCCCAGUUCAAGCAUGUUUUCUUCAGUGAAAACACCUCAGUGUUUGCACAUUACACCAGGGAUGCUGCGCUCUGUCAACAGGGACAACAAUGAUAAGUAUAUUUACCACCUACAGAAGGUAAAAAGGCAAGGCAACCAUGGCGGAAAAGUAAGCCCUAAGGACAAGUUCACACCUGUUCCAUCAGUAAGGAAAACCAAGAAGAGAUGUGUGGCUGAAGAUGAUAACUUUAUUGUUUGGAACAUGCUCUCUGACAAGGACGGUCCAUCAAUGAGAGGAGAAGAGGAGGAGGAGGAUGAUUAUUUCAUGGAUGAAUACUGAAUAAUAGGAACAUAGUCUACAAUUACAAGCCUGUAUAGGUUGAAUAGGUUUCCAUUACAUCAUCUGUUUUGCAGUACAGUGUUUUGAUGUUACUUUUAAAGGAAGUGUUUUAGGUAUGUUCUAAUGCACCAAGCAAAAGUUCCCUUUUUCUUAAAUAAAUUAGAAUAAUGCAGCUGUCAACAUUCCAGCUUUCAGAAUCUGACAAUUUUGUAAAUAUUUAUAUAAAGUAAUGUGAACCGUUUUAUGACCUUUUUUAAUUUUUAGAAAUGUGUAAUUGGUGAGGGUUUAGCCUAAAGUGACCAGAUAGUUCUUUGGAUGUGUUUGGAUUUCAUUUUGUUUUUCAUCUAUCUAUUGGAUUUCAUCUAUUACAUUUCUGUUUAAAAAAGAUGGUGUUUUUGUAAUUGUGAAUAGAUUAAUAGUUAAAAAAUGUAAAAUGAUGUAAACAAAGUUGUCUUGGCUAAGAAUACUCAGUGUGAUUUAGAUUAUCAGAACACAUAUAUGACAGUUUAAGCUGUGCAGGCAGUACUUUUUGUAUUUUUUUUUUAAAGCAAGUCAUUGCACAACUAAACGAAAUUUGCUUGAAGACUUUGCCAGUCAAAUUCCUCUGCACUAUGUACAAUGUGGUAACUAUAGCUAACGGUUCAUUAAAAAAAAAAGUAAAAGAAAAAAAAAUUGCAUCAGGUUCUGGCAUUUGCUGUGUGAGUUCUACUUCUGUAGUCUACAGUUAUGUUCAGUCUCUUCUGACAAAUUUCACUUGAAUAAAUAAAGUGUUGGAAUCAUUCUAA